AGAACCCCAUCCCAAGCGAUCGAAUGCAGAUGUGUCCUGCAGUGGUUGGCUCACUGCAAGACCAUCAGUCCAAAUGGUUGGGUAACCUCUUGAUGCGAUCUACCAAUAGGCUUGACUGUUGCAUCCACACUCGCCGCCAAGCUGCUUGAUAUGAGACCCGGAGCAAAGAACGGACUGCAGACUUUUGUUGUCCUUGGAUACAAGGAGAUCUCAUUGGGAUUUUUGCAUGACUGCUAUGAGCCCUGCCGUCCAUGUCUUUGUGAUCAUGAUGAGAAUCAUGCUUAUGGAGAGGAUCUACCCACCGGAUGCACAUGGUCUGAGGUAGACAACCCAAGCCAUCAACGACAUGUCACAUGUCGUCGUUUUUUCUUCUAUCUCUUUCUUCUCUUCGAGCUUUUUUUGUGCCUCAUUUGCAUACGUUUCACAUGAGAACUAAAACCUCUAUCACUUUUGCACUGAGGAGCAAAAUCAUGGAUGAUCUCCAGUUUGGCUUUGGAUCAGCGGAGUGGAUGCUUACCAAAAAAAUAAGGGUGGUGGUGGUGGUCAUUGACAAAUGGAUGGAUGGGUGGAUGGAGGGACAAAUGACGGACCGCCGCCCGUUUGACAGGACAUGCACAUAUGUAUACUAGAGGAUCAAAGAGGGAACCCGCAAGGCGUUACGUAGCAGAACAAAAAGUUUUUUUU